UUAGAGAAGUAGCACAAGCUGACGUAAGAAGGUCACGUGAUACAUUUAACGUCUCCGCCCUGCAUAUCUGCAAAAUGGAGGACCGUGAGGCGAAAGAACCAGAACAGCUCCGAAAGCUGUUUAUCGGAGGUCUGAGCUUCGAAACCACAGAGGAGAGUUUACGGGCCCAUUUCGAGCAAUGGGGAUCUCUCACAGACUGUGUGGUGAUGAGGGAUCCUAACAGUAAACGAUCCAGAGGGUUUGGCUUUGUAACUUACUCCUCUGUAACUGAAGUUGACGAGGCCAUGAAAGCGAGGCCUCAUAAAGUUGACGGGCGAGUUGUUGAACCCAAGAGGGCUGUGUCCAGAGAGGACUCUAAUAAACCUGGAGCACAUCUGACGGUGAAGAAGAUCUUUGUUGGCGGCAUCAAAGAGGACACAGAGGAGCACCACAUUCGGGAAUAUUUUGAGAAAUACGGAAAGAUUGACUGUAUUGACAUAAUGGAGGAGCGCUCCACUGGAAAGAAAAGAGGAUUCUGCUUUGUGUCAUUUGACGACCAUGACACUGUGGACAAAAUUGUCGCCCAGAAAUUUCACACAAUAAACUUUCACAAUUGUGAAGUUAGGAAAGCGCUAUCUAAACAGGAAAUGAAUGCUAUAUCCAGUAACCGAGGAAGGAGCGGAGGAUCAGGAAACUUCAUGGGCAGAGGCGGAAAUUUUGGAGGUGGCAGUAACUUUGGUCGAGAUGGCUAUGGAGGACGCGGUGGUUAUAAUGAUGAUUUUGACAAUGGUCCGGGAGGAAAUUAUGGUGGUGGACCUGGUUAUGGAGGUGGCCGAGGGGGUUACGGAGGUGGCGGUCCAGGCUAUGGAAACCAGGGCGGGGGAUUUGGUGGCAGUGGCGAUGGAGGCUACGGAGGCAACCGGGGAGGAUAUGGAGGGGGUGGAAAUUACAACGACUUUGGAAAUUAUGGAGGACAGCAGUCAAACUAUGGGCCAAUGAAGGGAAAUAACUUUGGCAGAAACUCUGGUGGACCAUAUGGUGGUGGCUACAGCUCUGGAGGCAGUGGCGGAGGCUACGGCUCACGGCGGUAUUGAACGCAGCAUGUUUUCGAUGUGGAAAUGGGCAUUCUCUUCUUGCUGAAAAUGCUGUAAAGGCCUGAUAACAUGGGAGGUUCUGGAUGGGUAAGACAUUUUUUGACAUUAUCAAAGGUUUUCCAAUGUCAUGUAUUAGUACUACUUGUUCUGACUAAUCAUCUUAUAUAAAAAUGUGUCUUAAAGAUUGUUGCCCAUUUUUUGACUUUUGUUCACCAAUUCUUGAUGUUUUAUCACACUACAAUUGUCAGAGAUCCUAAUAGCGGUGAAACACAUAAUUUGUUGGCCAAAAAACUUUUCUAUUAAAUUCCGUCAGUUUCAUCACAACUGUACAAAAGAGAACAUGUUUGAACAGAUUAGAGUACAUUUGUUCAAUUUUGCUAACAUUUGCCAAGGUACAGUUGACAUUAAAUACACCAGUUUUUAUCUGUUUGGUCUUAUUCAAAAAACAUGUUUUAGUUUAAGAUGUCAACAGCAAAAGCACCCCAGUAAAGUACAACUUUGCAACAUUAAAACUAGUUAAAGAAUCAAGAGGUCUACACAAGUGCAUAGAAAAGCAAUGGACAGCAUCAACCUUAUCACAGUGUGAUAUAUAAGGGAACAGCACUCUAUACAUUUAGUUAUAUUGGCCAACCCUACUCAGGCAUAAGUGGCAACAGUUUUUGUUGUAUAGCUGGAUAGCAAUUUCGGGGGAAUGUUGCUCCUAGUAGGUAUUAUUAAUUAAAGACGUGUUUACUUAAGUAAUGUUGAAUCUUGAGUUGCAGACCACACACAUUAUGCAUUUAAAGAUUGUCAAUCUUUGGAACAAAUAAAGUAAUAAAAGUUGGUGCUCAGUUUCACAUAGCUGGCCAAAAACAGCACUGACAUGUUUGUAUCUUGAAGUUCACAGUAAUCCUUAAAAGAGUCCUGAAACAUCAGCAUGCCAAACAGGUUCAGACUGAUCGUUGUUUUGACAAACCUCUACCUGCAGCUCUGAGCCUGUGCUUUUGUAGCGCCAUCUUGACUGGAACAACCUGUUCUCUUGUUGCCAACAAUGUUUCCCGGCUCGGCAACAGCAUGACAGUGUUUAUCAGCUGCUCUGAUUUUCAUGUAAACCGUGAUGUGUUGUGUUCGUCUUAAUAAAAGUUACUUUUUUCUAUC